CUCGAACUACAGUGCAGACUUACACAGGGCAGCGACUGGUGGCCCAGUGAAGAGUGCUAAGAACAGGUACUUCUGGCUCUUUAAGGGGAGGCUGGUGUCAGCGCUUCUUGUACCAUAGUAAUCUCAUUUUACAAGAUGGAUGAUGCAUCAGCAGGAGACAGACGGUUUGAUGACCUCCUCAAGGGCAGGGUGACGGAUGUUAUGUCAGAAAAGUCCAACAUCGUGAGGGUGUUCAUCAGCUCCACUUUCACAGAUAUGUGCACGGAGAGGGAUACCCUACUGGACAAGGCCUACCCUGAGCUUCAAGCCUUCUGUCAUUCCCUGGGACUCGUCUUUGAGGUCGUAGACAUGAGAUGGGGAGUACGUGAUGCUAUCAUCGUGGACCACAAAACCACAGAGCUGUGCCUAAGGGAGAUCAAAUCCUGCCAGAAGCUAUCUGUGGGGCCCACCUUCACGGCUCUCAUUGGAAAUCGCUAUGGAUAUCGGCCAAUUCCCCGGGUUAUUGAAGAGAAGGAAUUUGAGAUGCUAUUGGGAAAGUUGCAUAGUGAUGCUGAUUCCAUAAAGAUCCUCACCAAAUGGUUUUGGAAAGAUGAGAACUCUGACCCUUCAGUUUAUGUCCUGCAGCCAAUCACCACCCUUUUUACACACUAUAAUGACAUUAGACCUGAGAUCAAGGAGCAGCAUGAUAAGGAUGUGGCAACUUGGAGAAGGACAGAAGCAGAGCUGUCACAGGCCCUGCGGACCGCUGCUGCCCAGGCAGAAACUGAUGGGGAUUUCACUGCUGAGCAAAAGCACAAGUAUUUCAAAUCAGUCACCGAGUGGGAAAUUGAAAAUGGCCUGAUGACAGUGAAGAACAGUGAAGUUUAUGCUAUCCUUUUCUUGAGAGAGCUGAGCAACCAAAGUGAUUUGGAGGGCCACUGCCCCUUUCCACAGUUUGUAGAUGUUAAAGAUGGUGGUUACUUGGACACUGAAGCCCAGGAGCUGCUCUCUAGUCUGAAGACGAAGAUCACAAGUUGUUUUGCCGACAAGCUCAAUGUGCACUCCGUGCAGCUCAACAAAGGCUCUAUAAACCCACAAAACAAGAUACAUGCCAGGUACCUGGAACUUCUCUGCAACCAGUUUAUUUCUGAUAUGAAGCAGCAGAUUCUGCAGCGUAUUAAACAGAACACUGUUGAUGAACAAUGGGAAAAGCUGAUACAGGAAGUGGUGCACCACAUGUCCCUAAGUGCUAACAAAUGUGCUGUAUUUUGUGGCCGAGUAAAACUCCUAGGAAACAUUUGCUCAAGAGUGAAAGAGAACAAUGCUUCCAUCCAUCCACCUAUUAUUGUCCAUGGGCCUUCUGGAAUUGGAAAGACAGCUACAAUGUGUAAACUUUCUCAAGAGGUGCAUGCUGUGCUGGGUGAGGACACAGUGACUGUCCUACGGUUGUUGGGUACAUCACCUGGCAGCUCAGAGGUUCACUCAUUACUGAAAAGCAUUUGCUUCCAAAUUUGUAGAGUGUUUGAACUCCAGUUACCUGCACCAUACACCACAAACAACUAUGAGGAACUGGUUCGCUUCUUCAAUAACAGCCUGGUUGCAAUCUCUCAAAAGAAUGGCAGCCCCCUGGUCCUUAUCCUGGAUUCUCUUGACCAGCUUUCACCUUCCAAUGGUGCCCAUCGGUUGCACUGGCUUCCGAAGGAGUGCCCCCCCAAAGUCCAUAUUCUGGUUUCCACCCUUGAAAAUCCUAUUCUUACCACCCUGCAUGACACCAUCCUUGACUCCACCAGCUUCUUCCAGGUAGAUCAGAUGCCCCACAAUCAAGGGAAAGAAGUUGUGGGGGCCUACAUGGCAGCUGCGGGCCGGCGUCUGACUGCAGCGCAGAAGGACCUCAUCCUAGAAGGCUUUGAUAAAUGCGGCCAGCCCCUCCAGCUCAAACUGAUUCUAGACGCUGCAAAGCAGUGGGCAUCCUACACCCCCAUGUCUGAAUUGAAAGUGCCAACAUCAACUCAAGAGGCUGUGCUUCAGCUAUUAGAGCGGCUGGAGGAACAACAUGGCAGGCUUCUGGUAGCUCAUGCUCUGGGCUCGAUUGUCAUUUCAAGGAAUGGGCUGACUGAAAUUGAGUUGCGGGACAUCCUUUCCUUAGAUGAUGAUGUUCUGGGUGACAUCUAUCAGUACUGGCUCCCUCCAAACAAAGAAAUCAUACGUCUGCCCCCACUGCUAUGGACCAGACUUCGCUAUGACAUGGGGGAGUAUCUGGUGGAAAGGCAAGCAGAUGGGAUGAAGGUUCUUGGGCUUUACCACCGGCAGUUCACAGAAACAGUGGAGAAAAGAUAUCUCUCCAAGGAGCAGAGGACCCUGCUGCACCACAUCCUGGCUGAUUUCUUCCAAGGAAAAUGGAGUAGAGGAGAGAAAAAGGCCAUCUCCCUUCCUUCACUCAAGAUAAAUCUGAAACCUGACAGAAAGGUGGCAGCACAGCCUCUGUGGUUCUCAGAGAAUGUCCCCAAUCUAAGGAAACUUCGUGAGAUGCCAUAUCAUCUGCUUAAUGCUGGCCGUAUCGAGGAGCUGAAACGUGAUGUGAUUGGCAAUAUGGACUGGUUAGUCUGUAAAACAGAUACCUGUGGGAUAAGGAGCGUCAUUGAAGACUUGUCCAUGUGCUAUGAACAGGUCAACUGCCCAGAGGUGCGGCUCAUCAGAGACACCUUCUUAAUUUUCAAGCCAACCAUUGAUUUUAUUGAAGGAAAAAUGGACACCACUGUUCUCUAUGUGGAGAUAUUUUCCAGACUUCACUACUUUGAGAAGAAAUAUCCAUCUCUAAUUGGGAGACUCUGUUCGCAGUGUCGUGACUGGCUUCAGAAGUGUCCCAACCCUGCAAUGACUCCUCUCUGCGGAUUCUUUCAGCCUCCUGGUGGACCACUGAAAACCACUGUAACAGGUUUUAAAAAAGGGAUCACUGCAGUGGAGGCUUGCUGUGAGUCCAGUCUCAUGAUUGUGGGAUCAGAAGAUGGGCAGAUGAUUGUAUGGAACCUCGAAGACGUGGAAGUGAUUCACACACUGACUGGCCACAAGGGACAAGUGGAGUGUGCAAAACUGUUCCACAAAGGAUCUCAAGCCGUGUCAGCAGCUCGGGACAACACCUUGCGCCUCUGGAAUCUGUUGACAGGAAAACAGGUGUAUGCUAUAGAAGUAGACCAUGGAAGUGAUGGAGGCCACUCAGGUCUCCACGUGAAUGAGCAGAGCAAUGUUGUCUACUGGUGUGCAGGCUUCCAGGUUAAUGCUUGGAACCUGGACACCAAGGCCCUGCUCUUCAACAUCAGCACAGAUGGCACGAAGUUCACUGUCAUCCCCGGCUCCCAGCCAAUUGUUUCUCUGUCUGAUUCUGGCCUUGUGACUGUCUGGGACAGCAGCACUGGGCAAACUGCCAACACCUUUUCACUAAACAGAUCUCGUCCAGCCUGCUUGCUACCUUUGAAACACGGCCAAGUGAUUGCAGGAUUUGUUGAUGGAUCGAUCAUUCUGAUUUCUACCAAUGGCCGUUAUGUGGUAGAAAAUGUUGAGUCUGCAGUGUCACUUCUUGCACUUUCUGAGGAUGAGACCAUCAUAUGUGCAGGUUAUGGGAAUUUCAUCGCUGCAUUACAGGUUAAGCCAAAUGCCAUGGUACAAAUGCAUGCUGACCAUCUGGAGCAUGAUGAGGAGGUGCAAUCUGCUGUUGUGAGCGUUACCCAGGAGGUUAUAGUUAGUGGUUCCAAAGAUGAGACCAUACGGGUAUGGAGUCUGUACAAUGGACUCUUACUAGAUUCCUUCCGUGGGAUGGGUGCCCCCGUGAGCACACUGGCACUCUUUCGUGAUGUUGUUGUCUCUGCUUCCCGAAGCACCUACUACCUGAAGUUCUGGCAUCUAGGCUACGAUAAGAGCCACAGGACAAAACCCCCAGUGCCUCAGCACAGCUCCAUGACAACACUCCUUCACUCUGGAGACCUGGUAUACUUCCCACAGGCUUCAGAUAAGAAGAAGAUUGUCAUCUGGAAUGAUGAAGAAGGUGUGACCAAAGACACUAUUGAUACUUCAGCCGAAGUCUGCUGUCUGGACAUUGCACAGAACAAGAGGCUCUUAUUUUGUGGGCUGGUAUCUGGCACAGUGCUCGUUUUCCCUCUGAAUUCCCCCUCAGACACCAUGUGCCUCCCGCCCCCUUCUUCUCCUCAAAAAGUCCGCUGCUUUGGAGUGAGCCCGAAUGAGGAAUGGCUGGCAGUGGCCUAUGAGGACACAAUCUUACUAUAUAAUAUCUACCCUGGCAUGGAGCACUGCAUGGUCGAGGGGCCUGAUCACACCUUCCUACUCCCUCAAAAAGCAAUCAUUACUAGCAUAGCUGUACUUUCUAACUACCGCAUGGUCUACGGAACGGAGGCUGGAGAAGUGACUCUGCACCUCCUGAACGAGUCUACCUCUGUGCCUCUGAAGUCACACAGCAGCAGCAUCACCUGCAUAGCGGUCAGCCAUGGUGAAACGCACGCUCUGAUUGGCUCGCAAGAUUCGGUGCAGCGCCUGUGGGACUUGAACCUUAGCCUUCUAGACCAUGAAAUAGACUAUAAGAGUUUCUUUUUUCAGGGGAUCCUCUGUGCUGCAUUUUCCCAGGAUGAUCAGUUUGUGUUUACAGGAUCCCAUGAUAGGACAAUCAAAGUCUGGCAUGUAGACAAUGGUACUCUGCUGGCUGUUCAGUACGUCUAUGCCUCUGUCAUAAGAAUCAUUCCUACCUCCGAAGGCUUCACUGCCCUCACUUAUCUGGGCUAUGUGAUUAAGGAGAAAUUCUCCUGUCCCCGAAGGGUCCCACUGCAGUACAACCCACUGCAGAAUUUCAGGGCAUCAUACACCUUGAACUCCCGUAAACCUCCCCCUGUGUAUCCAUCACCGUCUCCUGAUCCACAGAAGAAGGUGGCCCAGCGGGAUGGUGUGAGAGCAUCUCAGAUGUGCUAUCUUCUCUAAUCAAUGAAACGAGAAAGUGGAAGGUACUGGAUUUUUGAAAAGCAAUUGGCUAGCCUUCUGGAUGACCCAACAACGAAAUACAUUCCUGCGUGCUUUAGAAGUGAAAUGAGUUGUUAAGUACAUGGGUCUCAAGAAACUAACCCGUGAAAGAAUAUAUGCUUUAAAUAGCACCUUGCACAAAAUACUAUAUACCUUACAGUUAUCCAGUAUUUAACAAAGUGCCAAAUUUAAUUCACUCAUGUUUCUUCCAUUUCUGAAAUGUACAAUAAAAUUAAGUCAUUUGUAGUUGUAUUUCAAGAGUGAAUUUAUGUGUGUCAAGCAGAAAGCUGCAUAUUGAAAUUGUUUAUUGAUCAAAGCAGAGUGGGCAUUGAUGGUCUGUUUGUUUGUGGUUUCUUAAAACAAAUAAGUGUAGCAUUAACUUUUAUAUUCCUUUUCCUCUUAAGACAGGGGUACUCAAUCAUGGUCCUGGAGGGCCACAGUGGCUGCAGGUUUUCGCUUCAACCCAAUUGCUUAAUAAGAAGCACUUAUUGC